CCGGGAACUGAGCAGCUUUUUCUUCCAGAGGUGACAGAAUAAACACACGUGGAGCUCUUCUUACUUCUUACUAACUCAAUGAGCCUGACUGAGGAAAGGUAACACGCUGCCUUGCGAACUGGAUUAACCCACAAGAGCUUCCUCUGAGUUAUUUAGAAACGGUUUAAACACUGCAAUGUCACGAUCCAGCAGUUGUUAAAAAAAAAAAAAAGAGGGGAAAAAAAAAGUUUCGUCACACUUCAUAGGUGCAGCACGACAACCGCCUCCAGAACACGAGCUCAUUCUCAGAGUUUAACCCCGAACUGGUGGACUAUCCCGACUAAAUCUUACCCCAGUACAGGCACAGGCAUUGAGCACAGGAUUGUUUCAGGUUGGGAAACUGGAUAACGGAGAACUAAAAUAGUGAAUGUCAGGUGUCAUGUGUGAGAAGACCGGACAAGUUUUACUGAUUACACACCGCAAAGACAUGAGAACCCUUCCCUUCAUGAUCACCUUAAUCUUCACCGUAGGUUUGUCUGUGGGUCGAAGGGUGUCACUACCAGCAGGCCCUCUGAUCCGAGUGGAGGGUGAGGCAUUGUCGUUACGUUGUGAAGUUUCGGAUUAUCAGGGCCCCAAGGAGCAGGAGUUUGAAUGGAAAGCAACAAAAGGGUCAGAAACCAUUCAGGUUGUCUCCACUUUCGACUCUUCAUUUCCAGACCAGUCUUUAAAAGCCCGGGUGUCUACUGAUGACAUCAGUGUGAAAAGAAUUGAUGAAAGUACAGUGGAGUUGAGGAUUAAAGAAGCCAGAGUGACGGACAGUGGUACUUUCACUUGCAGUACCCUCAGCACUGAUUCUGUUAUCAGUGGAAACUAUGAGGCAGAUGUGCUGCUGAGAGUAAUUCCUAAUACGCUGGCUGUGGUUCCCGAAGUUCCAGCCCCUUCAGUCCACGAGGGCAGAUUCAUCAAUCUUCACUGCAACAUCACUCAAAACUUCACUGAAGGAAUUUACCUAUCAGUUACAUGGUCUGUUAAAAAGGAUCAAUCACUUGAGCAGGAUCUCCUUACUUUUGGACCUGAUUCAGGUCUGACUGUUGGAAAGAAUUUUAUCCAACGCUACGCAGAUGGUGAAAUGCACCUGCACAUGGACAAUACUGGUUCCUACAGCCUGGUGCUCUCUGGAGCAGUGCCUGCAGAUCAGGGGGUGUAUGUGUGUACUGUCAAACAGUGGACCAGAGAGCAGGGCACCUGGAACAGGAUACAGGAAAAGGCAAAGGUCAUAGGUCAAGUGGCUGUUAUAACAACAGCUGAAUCCCUUACUGUACAGGUCCUGGAUAGUACCAUCUUUAACACGGGAGACAAUCUGAAUCUCACUUGCUUGGUUUCUGCAGAUGACCUUGCUGCCUUAGGUCUUGAGGUGACGUGGCUGCUAAAUGACACACAGGUUCUUACCCACCUUAGUCGAGAUGGAGUGGUGGCAAAAACUUCAGAUAUGUUUAGCAUUAACCGGGUUGGAGAGGGUGAAUUCAGACUGGAGAUCCACAGCAUUGAGCUAUCUGAUAUGGGCCUUUACUCAUGCAGAGUGAGGGCAUGGAUACAACAGAGCUGGGGAAAAUGGUACCAGGCUGCAGAGAAGACAUCGGCCCCUGUACAAGUGGUGAUCACCCCAAAAGAUCCAGCAUUUACUGUGACCCUUACAUCUCCAGUCAUAGCCCAGUACUUGGGUGAUCCCACAGAACUUUUGUGUCAAGUGUCCAACAUUUCCCACUUCUGGGGUGAACGGUUGAGCGUCAGUUGGUUCUAUUCAGCUGCCUCAUCUGGUGGUGGCCAGGGUGGCAAUGAUAUUAUUGCGUCACUGAAUGAAAAUGGGGCUGUCAUUCCCAGUGAUAAAUAUAGGGACCGCAUUGACUCAGGUCUCAUCCUGGUAACCCGAAUUGAACCAGCUACCUUCAAGCUCCGCCUGCUCCGCACCACAAAUGCAGAUGUAGGUGAAUAUGUUUGCCGUGUCACAACAUGGACACUUACUCGCCAUGGCAUCUGGAAAUAUACAUCAGAACAUCAUGCUCAUGCACUAAAAGUCAGCUUGGCCUCCAAGGGCCCUGUCAUCGGUGUGAUCGCUCGCCACAACCGACAAGCAACUUUCAGUGGCUCCACUUUUGAAAUGAACUGCCUGGCUAAACUUAAGAACCUCUCAGAGAGUGUGGCCCUCUCUGUCAUCAUAUUGGUGCAGUAUGGUGUAGGUGCACCCACUCGCAAACUUGCUUCGCUCAGCCCUGACCUGGUUCUCAAGUUAGAGGACUGGCAUGAGUCUAGUCGGCAAAAUGGCCUGAGUCUAGUGAAGACUGGCAACACGGAGUUCUUAUUCCGAAUCCAGAGUGUGCAGAUGAUGGAUAGAGGAUUCUACUCAUGUGAAGUUGCAGCGUGGACCAGGCCAGAUGGGAAUAACUGGGUGGAGAUAACGAAAGGAGAGUCAAAUAAAAUUCAGAUUAACUUCGAGCACACAAGUCCAUCAUUUGAUCUUUUGAUAUCUUCAGACACCACCAGUGUUUACCCCUGGGAAACGGUUAAGAUAGAUUGCAAUAUCGGUGUAUCAGGAACUUCCAACACAGACAAUGUCGCAUAUGAAAUAAGAUGGUAUCAGAGUCAUUUACGGGAAUCGGAUAACUUCGUUCUGCUGGCCAGUGUAGAUCGUUGGGGUGUGGUGAGGAAAAGCAUUCGUAAUGACACCAGUGACUGCAGUCUGGAACGUCUCGGAACCCAAAGAUUUGUCCUCACCAUUCAUGGCACCCAAGACAGUGAUGCUGGCGAGUAUUACUGCACUGCCACACCAUGGAUACGAUCAACCACAACAGCGGAUUGGAGAAAAGAACCAGAGAUCAGAUCCAAGAGGGCCUUUCUUAAUGUCAAGUUUGCAUUGUGGGAUUCAAUGAAAUUACCUUUGCUUUAUGGGACAUGUACAUCCCUCUCCGUGGGUCUCUUUUCUGUCAUUCUGGGCCUUCUCGUUUCUCUGUGCUGCUGCAGAAAUAAAUCAGGCACUGAUUUAAUCAGGCACUCAACCCACAGACUGAUUGACAUGCACAAUCUACAUGAAGCAGAGGCUUGUCUGUCUCUUCACCAAAGCAAUAAUGUGACUAAGUAAUGUUUGAGAGAUUACAUUUCUCUUUUAUUCACAAGUGGCGCAUAUUUACAAGUGACCAUGGAACCAGUGAACCCACGCAGAAAAUGCACCUAUGGCAUUUGUUUGAUUCUCAUUGUAAUUUUCUGUAAAAAUCAAUAUUAACUUUGGAUUUUUUCGAUUUAUUUAGAAUUAUUUUAAACAGAUGAGACAUUUAAAUAGAAGGUAUAUCAGGAAUGAUUACUGAAAUACCAAUACUGAGCACCACUAUCAACUUUUAAUAUACUAAAUAUCUUUCUGUGUUAAGAAUUUAGUGCCACUGGAUGUAUCUGAGUACUAACAAGAACUAACCUGUGAAAACGAUUUUCAUCAAUGAACAUGUUUGACAGGCAUGUAUGUAUAUGAUGUGUGGUUUUAAAUGUUGCUAUUUUUCUUUUUAUAUCAAAUUGGUUGGAAUAUUUAUUAGUCUUGUUUUUAUAAAAUUAUAUUGUGUA